GACCAGUUAAAGGCAACGCUUCAGCAGCAGGAACAACGACAGCCACAACAAGAACAACAGCGAGAGAGUCUCAGAGGGCCAGAGGAUGCCGGAAACUCUGCCAGCAACCGCAACGGUGACCGCCAGCAGCAUCGAUUGCACAGUUGCGGUGCUUAAGGUGCCAACGCCCACGAUGCAAAUGCCGCAGGCGUGCAAUCUACAGAGCCUCGGCAUCAUAAUGGAGCCGAACAAUAUCAACAUUGAGCUGAAUCCUGCGGCAACAACGUCCAGCCUAAAGCGCUGCUUGCGUGUGCGAUUCCCCCGAACCCUGACCCCGAGCCCCUAACCCCGAACCCCGAACCCAGCCCAAAAACAACUCAACUCCAGCUCCAUGCUCGGACAGGACGAAUCCUGUGCACAAUGCUCACAUGCUUUUAAGCUUUCACUCUGAGGCCGCCUGUGCACAGUGGGCUACGGCUGAUUUGUUUGGCAAAUGGACUUAA